AUGUUGUCGAAUCCCCUCCAGCGGUUCUCGCCUUACCAUACCCUUCCAUCUAAUGCUUUUUCAAAUACUCACGUACCGACAAGCCACCUUCAUGCAACCGGCCUUGAUGCCUUUGGCCAUAAUACGCAGUACGCCCUUCAGCAUCUGCAACAGCAUGUUGGUGUACAUGCGCCGCAUCUUGCCAGGGCUCCUCAGCCCAAGCACCGCCAGCAUCCUUACGGGGCCCCAACCGCCAGAGCAACCGGCGCAGCUGGUCCUAUUCGGAGAAGAAUCAGCAGGGCCUGUGAUCAGUGCAACCAGCUAAGAACAAAAUGUGAUGGACAGCACCCGUGUGCGCACUGCAUAGAGUUCGGACUCGGAUGUGAGUACAUACGAGAGAGAAAGAAGAGAGGGAAGGCAUCCCGCAAGGACCUUGCACAGCAAGCCGCCGCACAAGCGGCUGCCCAGAGUGGCCAGCAGUCUGAGAAUGGCGACAAUGGCUCUACGGCCGAGCAAGGAACGGACCCGGUGUCCAAGCCGGAGCAGGCUUCGAACACCAGUGAAAAGGCGUCCAACGACCUCGCUGAGGAUGCUAUGCAGCGAAGUCAGAGGACUGGAAGUCUUGACAGCUUGGCGGAAUUGAGCUCGCACCAACCACACUUGGCCACACACACUUCCGGCCUGGACAGAGACCAUCUCGACAGUCCAACUUCGUUGGAUCUGAACGCUUUCGGCGGCGUUCAAAAUCCUUACGACAGACAAGGGAUCGGUGCCCACAUGAUGACAGGGCAUACACACAAUGGAUAUGCCUCCGCCCAGCACAGUCUCUCUAACUACCCGGACAUCCCCUACGCACUCCAAACGCAAAGCCCAACCAACUACGGGGCGAGUGCUUCAGCAGGGUUCAGGAUAGGAACAAGUCCACUAAGCGCCUACCCGCUGACCGGAGAACCAACGUCUCCAGGCUGGAUGUCAAUGUCUUCUCCUCCACCUCACUAUCAAACACACAUCCCACAGAACAAUUACCACCAGCAGCUUCGGUAUCCGGUACUGAACCCACUCAUACCACAUCUUGGAAACAUCAUUCCGCUAUCGCUGGCUUGCGACCUGAUUGAUCUAUACUUUGCCAGCUCCUCAUCGGCUCACGCCCACCCCAUGUCGCCAUACGUCCUCGGCUUUGUCUUCAGGAAACGCUCCUUCCUUCAUCCCAGCAAGCCUAGACAAUGUCAACCAGCAUUGCUCGCAAGUAUACUGUGGGUGGCCGCUCAGACUAGUGAUGCACCGUUCCUGACAAGCGUUCCAUCCGCGAGGGGCAAGAUCUGCCAGAAACUGCUGGAGCUCACUGUCAGCCUUCUCAAGCCGCUCAUCCACACCCCGUCAGGUGAAGCCUCCCCCGUCGCAAGUCCUGUGAUCGACGGUGUGGCUCUUGGUGGACUUGGCGUCGCUCUACCAGGAUCUAUGAGCAUGGAGAACCUCACUGGGGAGUCUGGGCCGUUUGGCGCCGCCGGGACUCUGGACGACGUGAUCACGUACAUUCACCUGGCCAUUGUGGUGUCUGCGAGUGAGUACAAGGGAGCCAGCUUGCGAUGGUGGAAUGCGGCCUGGUCGCUCGCUCGAGAGCUUAAGCUAGGCCGCGAACUGCCACCGAGCCCUGUACAGGCGAUGGAUGAUGAAGAUGACGCCGAAGGCCUGGGUGCCAACUCCGGGAUUGUCACCGAGGAGGAGCGGGAAGAGCGCCGACGCAUAUGGUGGUUGACCUACAUUGUUGACCGCCAUCUAGCUCUAUGCUACAACAGGCCCCUUUUCCUCCUAGAUAUCGAAUGCGAAAGCCUUCUGCAACCAAUGGACGACACGGAAUGGCAGAACGGCAACUUUAACCCGAGCACGACCGACCCUGCUCUUUCAGAGAGCAGAGUCAAAGGGCCGCAUUUCGAAUGCACCGGGCACAGCAUAUUUGGAUACUUCCUGCCACUUAUGACCAUCCUGGGUGAAAUCGUCGAUCUUCACCAUGCCCGCAACCAUCCCCGAUUCGGUGUCAAUUUCCGCUCAGCUCGCGAGUGGGAUGACCAAGCUGCAGAAAUCACACGACACCUUGAAGCCUACGAGCAAAGCCUCAAUAUCUUCGAGCAGCAGCAUUUCCACGUAAACAGCGAGGAUAAGAGCGAUCAGUCCGUCACGCUGGAAAUGCCCGGAGAACUUGAGCACCUCGGAUCGCCGUCCGCACGCUCGGUCCGCACGAGCUCGUCACGGAUGACCGAGUCUGAUAUCCAGACCCGUAUCGUAAUGUCCUAUGGUACCCACGUGAUGCAUGUGCUGCAUAUACUCCUCACCGGAAAGUGGGAUCCCAUCAACCUCCUGGAUGACAACGAUCUCUGGAUAUCGUCUCAGGGCUUCAUCACUGCCACCGGCCAUGCAGUUUCUGCGGCCGAGGCUAUCAGCAACAUACUCGAAUACGACCCAGGCCUGGAAUUCAUGCCAUUCUUCUUCGGCAUAUACCUCCUGCAAGGCUCAUUCCUACUUCUCCUCAUCGCAGACAAGCUGCAGGCCGAGGCCUCGGCCAGCGUAGUUCGGGCUUGCGAGACCAUUAUCCGUGCACACGAAGCGUGUGUCGUCACUCUCAACACCGAGUAUCAGCGAAAUUUUAGUAAAGUAAUGCGCAGUGCCCUCGCACAGGUUCGCGGGCGCGUGCCUGAGGAUCUCGGCGAGCAGCAUCAGCGACGCCGUGAGCUUCUGGCCCUCUACCGUUGGACAGGAGACGGUACUGGGUUGGCGCUGUAA